AUGGCUUUAACACAAAAGAAAAAGCGUUUUUCUCUAUUUGGUUCUCCACCCAUGUCUCCAUUAUUAUCACCUAUAAUUGGAACUUCUUUAUUGUCUAAUUACUUUCCUUCUCAAGAUAAUUCUUCUGAAAAACAUUCUGCUGUUACCGAAGACGUCCGAAAAGCUUUUGAAGCAUUGGAACGUCUUGUUUCAGCUGCUGAUGCAUAUCGAGAUUUAAUGAAUAAAUUAUGUAAAGUUUCUAAAAUGUUUAGUAAAGCUUUAAAGGAUUAUGGGAAUUGCAAAGGAUUAGAAAAUACUCAUGUAAUGUGUUUGCAGGCAACAUCCCAAUUUUAUGAUUAUAAUGCUGAAGUAUUGACAAAACUUAAUAAAGUAUUUCAGAAAGAUGUUGAUUCACUUCAAAAAUUCUGGGAUAAAUAUUCCAAAAAAGUUAUUAAAGAUGAAAGAGCGCAUACUGACUACGUUGGAGAUUUAGAUAAGCAGGUCAAAAAGAUUGGCAAGGAUUAUGAAAAGAAAUCCAAGAAAGAUAACACAGUUUCAUUGAAUUCUCACAAUAAUUAUAUAACGUCAAUAUCAACAGUGGGCUCUGAAAUUUCUCGUGCAAAAAUAGAAUAUACAAAUCAAGUAACAAAACGGGAAAAAAAUACUCAUUCUGUCAUAACUCAAUUAGUGUGUAAAUUAACAGAAUGUCAAUUUUCAUCGUUUAAUGACUUAUUAAAAAAAUGUGGACCAAGUAUUGCAAAAAUGAAAGAAUGGUCUCCUUUUGUAGGAGAAGAUAUGCCACAACCUCAAAGUUUGGAUGAUUUUUUGGAUGAUAAGCCGGUAAACAUCAAUGAUAAAUUGGAUAAAUCAUCAAGUUCCGAAAAAAUAUCUGAUUCUUUAGCAUCUAUUUCUGAAAAACAAUUAACGGCCAUGAAUUAUCCAUCUUCUGAAUCAAAUUUAUCUGAACCUACAUUAUCAAUUAUUGAUGAUAAUCCUAAUAGUGGUAUCCCUACAAAAUAUAUGCAAAUUCCUAAACCUAAACCUUCGACACUUAGUUCACUAGAAAUACCAAAUUCAAUAUCAUCUUCUGAAAUUAAUAUUCCUUCUUCAAAUGAUAGACCUGUUAAUCAAAAUAAUCAAAAAAUAAAUGACUUAAAAUCCAUUCCGAGUGGAACAUCUGACCUUUCAAUUGGUGUUCAUGCUGAUGAUCAUCCAUUUUUCCGAGAUGAAAAGGUAGUCGAGGUAAAUGCUGCCGAACUUUUUAUGGAAAAUCGAGUAGAGAAAGCUGAAUUCAAACCAAAUAUAAACAAGGUCAAAAUUAAAGAAAAGAAUUUUGUGAAAACAUCAAAGGUUAUGGAAAACAAACAAAAAGAGGUUUUACUCCAAUCCGAAGAAGAAAAUAUUCAAUUGAAGGAGGACAAGUCAAUUCAACCCCAAAAAUAUUUAAUUUCAGAGACUCCAGCUGUAGAAGAAUUUGCAGUAAGUCGUAAGGCAAUUUCUGAUGAAAGUAAUUAUUCUACAUUAUGUAAUAACAAUUUCACUUUACCUGAUGAAGAAAGCAAUUCUGAUGAAAAGUCUAUUGUACAAAUGGAAUCACCUCAAUUGAUUAUUAGUAAAGACAAUAAUAAUUCAAUUGAUCUUGUGAAAAAAAAUGAAAUUAUGCCAAUUACUCCAAUUAUUAAUAACGAAGAUGAAUCUAUUAAGGCCUCUAAGUCAAUAUAUGAUGUUAUAAAGCCUCAAGUUAGUGAAACCCCCAAAAUUGAACCAGAGGCUAUUAUUGAAAAAGACAAAGAUGAAAUAGAGGAUGAGAAGAAAAUAAUGGAUAAAAAUAUUGAUCAAUGUAAAAAUGGGGAUAAAAAUAUGGAUCAAUGUGAUGAUGAAAUGACAAAGACUAAUGAACUUCAAAUUGAACCAAAUAACGACAGAAAAGAAAGACAGGAAAGACAAGAAAGACAAGAAAUGCAAGAAAGACAGAAAGACCUACAGUCGAAUCACAAAUCUUUAAAUAUAAAUCAUCAAGAACCAGAGUUGGAAUUUAAAUAUUCUGAUAAGACACUACGAAAUAUUCCUAGUGUGUGUAGCGUGAGCACUGAUUCUCUUGUUGAAGCAUUUCCUACCGAAUUGCCAAAUCGUUCACCUCUUCUUUACGCAACAGAGCAAAUGUCUGAUGGUUAUCUGGAUAACAAUUCAGAUUAUUCUUACACACAUUCAUUAUCUCAUUCGCCAAAACCAAUUCAACCCGAAUUACGAGAAAUGAAUUCUCAUUCUAAAUAUGAAUAUGAUAUGGACGAUCGCAAGAGAGAAGAUUAUCGUUAUCAUCAAGAUUUUAUAAGAUAUGAAGAUGAGAGGAGAUACAAUGAUUUGAAUAGAUAUUCAAAAAGGGAAAUAAUUCAUCAUGAUUAUGAUAAUGGUUAUGGAAAGCCAUCUCAUAGAAACAGGGGAAGAUACAUUAACGAUUACUAUCACAAACGUGAAGAUCUGGAUGAUAGUUAUUAUAUAUCACCACGAGCGCCAAUUCAUUACAUUCCCCGAGAUAGAUCACCUCCGAGAAGAUAUGAUUUAUGUGCAACUCGUUCGUAUUCAGAUCCAAAUAAAGUUGGAAUUUCAGUUGCAAAUAUACGAGAUCGUUUUCAAACACAAAGUGAAGAAAGAAGACAUAUACAUCCUAGAGAAGUCCCUAUACCAUUACAUACAGGACGGGUUAGUGAUUUGACAUCACGAUUUGGUGGUACGCGAAAUGAAUCACGCAAUGACAUACCAAAUUCAUCAAUAUUAUCAAGAAAUGUUGACCAUCAUAAAUUAAAUUCUGGUUAUCGUUCCCCAGAUGAUGAAAGGUACUUUUGCCAAAUACGUCGUGAAGGUAGUCCUAUACAUAAUCGACAUUGUGAUUGUUAUCAUUGUCAGCCAACGAACAUUACAAAUUCUGGAAAUGUUAAAAUGUCUCAUAAUUAUUUGUAUGAUUCCAAUUUUGAGCAAAGGAAUUAUAGAUAA